CCAAGCCAUUUCGAAAUGGAGGACAUGUCAAUGGUGCAGACUCUGCGAAUUUGGAAGGACGGUGUGACCUUCAUGGAACAAGGGAACUUUCAAGAUGCGUUGAUGAACUUUAUGGCUCUAGAAGGAAGAACUGAUUCUUCUCAGCAACUGAUCACGUCGGGGAGAAAUCUCUUUAACAUAGGACAAACGUAUUUAGCACUUAAAAGAAUGGAAAUGGCUGCAAAGGCUUUUGAAGAGUCGGUAGAGAAAGAUAAAAUGUUGGCAGUUGCCCAUUUCAUGCUGGGGAAUGUCAAUUUAGCAUUGAAUAGGAAUGAAAACGCACUAAAGAACUUUAAUGACGCUAAUUUCUAUCUGCGGGGAAAUAGAUUAAUAAAUUAUCAGCAACUGGGCUUAAAGUCUAAACUUUACUUGUGCGAGAUUCUGACCAACAGGGCCAUUGCACACUCAAGGUUAGGAGAUGCCCAAGAGGCUAGAAAUGAUUUUUUAAUGGCACUUCAAUCCAAGGUGGAACCACGUCACAGCAUCAUUGAAGAUCUCUUACUCUGUUGGCAGUCUGGACAAAAUGUGGAGCCUAUGGAUCUUCCAUCACAUGCUGUGUUUCAGCCACAGAAACGCCUUUUUGAUGCUAUCAAUGAAAAACGGGAUUUCUUAGGACAAUCCCAGGUUGUAGCUGCCAAUGAGCUAACAAAGUUUCCAGAUGGACGUAAACGUUCUUCGCAUCAGCCUCCUUCCCCAACUUCACCCAAAGAGGAGGAAGGUGAAAAACUUCCCGAACAACAUCUUCCACAGGCUGCAAACGCGGCGUCAGGACGACAUGCUUUGUUAACGGACUUACGGAAGAAAGAAACACGCCGUUCGUUAAAGAAAGUUUCCAAACCGAUAGAGCCGCCGAAAAAGCCGUUACCAGGCCUCCCAGAACGACCGAACAGUCCUCGACGACCUCCACCGUCACCUCGGUCCCAGUCUCCAUUGAGGGUUCCCCCUAGACCUGGACCCGAGUCUCGCUCACCCUCACCAUCGUCUCGUAAGAAGAUAUCUGUAUCGUCAGUGGAAACCGCACCAUCGCGUUCCACUUUUGAAAUGAAACCUCCCUCCAAGCCCCUUCCUCCUGCCCCGAGAUCGAAAAGUCCUCUUCCUCAUCGGUCCGUAUCAUCUCCAGCAGAAUCAAGUGCAAAAAAUGACGUCACUGUCACGGUUCAGUUGGUUCUCACGCGAUCCAUUAAAGUGGACGAAGCGGCCUCGACCCAGGACCUUUUGCGUGCGGCGGCUAAUACUUUUAAACUCCCUGAGGAUGCAUUUGCAUUGUGGUGCAUGAAGAACGAUCAGCUCGAAGCCCUUCAAGAUCAGGAUCUUGGAGAAAUUCUGCGCUCACCUCCGGAUAACAAGCCAACAGUUUACUGCUACGAAAAUAAAUCCGAGUAAAGUUACUCUGAUAAGUUUUCAGAAAGCUGAUGGACUUCAGUGAAAUUGUCACUUGUAACAAUAAACUGUAGUCAGACAAGAAGCUUCAGGAGAAUGGGAAGGGUGUAGAAGAACCGUUAGUCAAGUCAUUCCUAGUUUAUCUGCUUCCUCCUCUUGUCCUAUCUUUACCAUGACUAGGAGAAUGUUUGUUUACAAUAUUUGCCUCAUUAGCAUAUUUUAAGCGAUUUAGUUUCUGAUAGAGCUACCAAAAUAUCGGUGCUGAAUAUUGACAGGGCAUAGCACUAUUAACUGUUCCAAGGGAUUUGAUCCCGAUGUACUGAAUAUUUGUUUUAUUUUAUGUUGGUUUUAAAACCCAAAACUUCAAAAAGAAUGUACGAGUCCAUUAGGGCUUGUGCCACUCAGAAAUUUUGAAGUUUUUAAAAGCCAAUUUCUCCUGGAAUAUUGCACCCCAAGAACCACACAUUUCACCAUUUACUAAAUUUCACAAGCUCUUUAAGUGUCGCUUUAUUUAGUACGGUAUAUUUAAACAGAUAAUCGGGUUAUAAACAGUAAGAGAUAUUAGCUAAAAUGUCAUUUAGCACAAAAAUGUACUGUCGUAAACGACAAAGUCAUUUAAAUGUAGAUUUUUGCAAGGAUAUCUUGCCUGUGGGAUAAAUACAUUAAUUUCCUGAAUAGGCCAUGUUAGAAUAAAUGUAUGGAAGGUAGUAAUUUUAUUUAAAAAGUAUGUAACACCAACAACGAAACAGAAAAUUAUGAGCAAACAAUAUUUCAAGUAAGUAAAUGACCCUAAAGUUCUUGGUCAUGAUUUGAAAAGCUUGAUAUAGCAAUGUCCGUUGUAUUUAUAGUGUUGAAUCGCAAAAUAUUUUUGUGUUACUGCUGUAGGGAUAUACUGAUAUGAUAUUUGAGACGAUGCAUUUUUUUACUCAAAUAAAAAUAUUUUUAAACAGAUUACAAACGAUUUCA